UCUACCACCUACUAUCGCGGCUUACAGCACCACUUGGAAAUUGCAUAGCGAGUACACAACAGUCAAUGCUAAAUACGAUUUGUAUAGCGUCUUGUAGUUUUCAUUCAAAUUAUUAUGUAGAAAAAGGAUUCCGCCGUUUCAGUUGAAUCUAAAAAUAGUAAAUGUACCACUUUCCGUGUAGACUUUCGGUUUACGCAAUCAUUUCCUGUUUCAUUGCGUCUGGAUUCUGUUCAUGUGAAUAUGAAAGCGAAAGUGUAGUUGACGUUCCUUGUUUAAAUCAUAAAAUUUUCAUUAGGAAGAAUUGUCAGUAUUAUUUUGUGCAGCAAAAUAUGAGGCAAGAAGUGAAGUAUCUCCUAAAAUGUUACAUGGACGAAGAUCUUCGUGAAGAAAGUGAUGAGAAGACAUCUGCCGGUGGUUCUGUCAGUGGUUUCUUCCAAGGUCUUUUGGGGGCUUUACAAACUGUCGGAGGAAACAUUGUAAGCCCCCCAGUUGCUGGCUUUUGCCAAGUUCCUAAUAUGAAUAUCUUCUCUUUGGGCGAUGCUCAACCUCAAAUACUAGAGAGAGUAAUCGGAGCUGGGAAUGGAGCUCCUUUAAAUUUUCAGCAGAGGCAAAGAAUUAGGGUACUUGCUGGAAAUUUAAGAUGUGUAGCUGACAGACUGAAUAACAGAAGAAUGCCCGCAUUGUCAGACGCUGAGCUUCAAGGUUUAAAUAGAGAUGAAAUUCGAGCUGUAAGAAAUAGUUUUGCUGAUGGUUUUAGAGUUUCCAGAGCUGUUGAAAAUUUGAGUAACUGUUUAACGUCUCGCACAAUGCGAGUUGUGCUGCAAUUCAUCUCACGAGCUGGACAAACCGUUACUGAAGACCUAGCUAUGGCAUGUGAAUUAACCACUUCUCUUGUAAGACGUUUCUGGUCACAAAAUAGAACUUUUUCCAGUGCAGUAGUAGAAGUAAUAGAUGACUUUAUUGCAGAGCGACUAGACUUGGGCUGAAAAGAUGUUGCAAGCGAAUUGGCCUCAAAACAUUUGGAGAAAUGACUUAACUUGAAUGUGUAACAGAAUGUGCUUUCUUCAUGCAUUGUUUUAAAUAUGAGCAGUCUUACAAACACUUUUGUUUAAAGUUAUUUUACUCUGUGUUUUAAAAAUAUAAAGCAAAAAAAAUAAAUAGGUAAAAAAUCUGAAAUAUUUCAGAUUUUAUAUUACGUCCAAAGGGGCGUUUUUUUAA